AGUUCGGCCUGCGCAGACGCGGCGGAGUGCAAUCCAAUCCAACCCGCCGCAGGAUCCCACUUUCGCCAUCUUGGAAAAGUUGUGGACGAUCCGUAUGUGGCGUUUAACCCAAACGUGAAAAGAUGAAGAACAGCAGGUAUUUAAUCAAUUUGUAUUUAUUUUUUCACCAAUUCCAUUUGUCAAUUCGAUUUAAAGGUUAAAAUGUUUGGAGUAAAAGACUCGAGGUAAUAUACAGUCGAACAAUUUCUUGCGACUUAAUUUCAAUUGCUGCCAACCUGGACAAGACAUUUUUGUACUAGAAGCACAAGAAACAAUACUACACAGCGCGGUUAGGCUAAAGAAGGAGAAUAUUUUGUAUUUCUUUUUUCGUAUAUAGAUGAAUUAUGAUACCUAGUUGUUUUUAUAAAGAUUGAUGGUGAUUUCAUGUAGCUUAUUUCGUUCCUAGUCGCUCUUUGUACAUCUAACUAACCGACCAAUGUCGAUAAUACCGACAACGCGAAGCUAAAAAUAGCACAACCGCAGCCAGGGCUCAAUGUACUAGAUCGCCGACCAAAAAUCGACCCUGUGUCCUUUAGUUGACUGCCUCUGGCUUGUAUAGCCCACUAUCACACAGGUGUUCCAAGCUCAUGGCCACCUCAAGAUUUCAAAGAAGGCAAUUUUACUAAAACUCUCCAUACCUAAAUAGGUCUCUAGUCUCUAACUAUAAUACCGGUACUAUACCUAUAAAUAUUACUUGUAGUCUGUAGUUAUAAUCUAUACUAUAUUUAUACUAUAAAUAUAAAUACUAUUUGAUUAUAGUAAAGAGUAAGCCCUCUAUGACUAUGGUGUAGGCCUUAUCAGGCUUAUACUUAUGACUACUCGAGCCUAUAUCAGACCUGUUCACUCUUAUGAUUUUGGCGUACAAUGUACGGCUUUAAGGUGUCUUUUACGAUUCAGUCGAUUGUAUGCCAAGACCCGUCACAUCUACGAUUUUAAGAAACUGGGUUGAAAAUAUAUACAUUCCAGUAGUUUUUCCCAUAUAAAAAAAAAUUUAAAAAAAAGUAUAUUUUCAGUUUUUAAACCUGCCUUCUACAUCCAGCAGUCAAUGGAUUGAGAAAUACAAUUGUUAGGGGACCAAAUUUUACCUUUGCCCUGAGAGGGUAAGGCAGUGGUGUUGACUUAGGAGAUUUUGCGUAUGGGAGUGGGGGGGUAUCUAAAUAUUAAAGUCUUUAAAAUUAACCCCGCCACAUUUUGGUAAUGAUAGUUAUGAUGGCCAUAUAGUUACUCUUAGUUAGUUGCCUUAGUGACAAUUUUAGUAAAUCCUCGCUUUUGUUUUCUUCUUCAUGUAUGACUUACUUUUGUGACAUAAUUAUUUUGUUUGGUCUGCACGUUCACUCAAUAUAAAUUGAAUUUAUUAGCAAAUACACAUCUGCAAAACAAAGUGACAGCAGAUAGCAAUAUAAUCGUUGCUCAUCUACUUUUAGAAGUUAACUUUUUUGAUGCCAGCAUAACUCGAUCCCACUAGAAAUGCGAUACAAGUAGUUAUUGUAUUUAUUAUAUACACUGUUUGUUUAUUUAUUUACUAUUAAUAUACUGAAUUGUACGAUUUUGAGACGAUAAUAAUUUUUCGAUAUUGUAUAAUUUUGAGACGAUAUUGUACGAUGUUAGGAGUUCGAGGGUAAAAAGGUUUGCUAUAUUAUUUGUACAAUAUAAUAGUAGUAGGUGAAUUGCAUGAGGUAACUUCAGGAAAAUAAUUUGCAUCCCAUAUUAAGGAAAAAUGACAUUAACUGUGCUUAAUUUAACUAGAUUAAUGAGACACAAACAAUUUUGUGUAAAUAAAACAUUAUAUUUUCAGCUUUAAUGGUGAUUUUACAAAAUUACUAAUGUAAACGUUUCUGCUAAUGCCUUCAUCAGCACAAAGAACAAAAAAUUUAAAUAAGUAUAAAUUAAAUUUACAUAAUAUAUAUUUACAUGUAUCCUACCUAAAAAAUAGAAAAGAUUAAGAGUGGGUGCAAAUGCAGACAAAAACCAAGUUAAGAAGAACAGAAAGGAAGUGAGUGGAAGUAAAAUUGAAAAAUCAAACAUAUAAUAUUGUUUUAUUUACACAAAAUUGUUUGUGUCUAGUUAAUCUACUUUAAAGCUUGAUUGCAGUCCAACACUCUUAUAAUUAAUAAUUUAACUAUGAUGAAAUAAUUUGGGUAUUAAGUUAGUAGAAUAAAACAAUAAGCAUUUAUAAAAAUGUAUGAGAUAUGAAGAAUAAUACGGUAGUUAAAAAUAAUAAAUUUUUGAAAUGUAACUGAUGAGUGACAUAACAUGAAAAGGACAUAAUAGCAUCUUGAGAGUAUGCCGGAUUGAGAUGAAUUGACGAUAUAGAGAAGGACUUAUACCAGCUGAGGGUCUGUGCAUGGAGGCGGCAAGCCGUGGAUCAAUCCGAAUGAAAGAAUCUGUUGGAGCAGGCCAGGGCCCUUAUAUGGGCUCUAGCGAACUGAUGAUGAGGAUAAUCUUUUUAUAAGCUUUAUCUUAAAUUGCUCUGUUCUUUUGUUCGUUUGUGUGUGGUCAUAUCAUGCAUCUUAAUUUUGACUUCUUCCUGAUCUCCAACUGAGCUGAAACUUUGUACACUUACCCACCACCAAAGGCAAUACAACACUUCAAGAUCAGUAGGUCACCAGUGACCUCUACUGACCCUUGAGUGAUCUCUUUAGAUAUCUCAGGAAUGGAAAGUAAUAGAGUUUUCACUGCAGCGUUUCCUUAUGUAUGGUUACACUUUUUUACAUUUAAAUUUUAGACUCUUUAAAUCAUGUCUAGUAAAUUAACUUGUGUUUUAAAUCUUCCAAGAUUAAAAAGUGCAAAUUAAAACAAUAUUUUAAAAGAACACGCUUUUCCAAAAGGUACCAAAAAGUAUUAAAUAAUUGUCCACCAAAACAUGUAACAUUCAUAUGACUAAAAAAAACUAAGGGCGUCCAUGAGCUCAUUGUUCAUUGCAAAUCACAAAGAUAUGCACGCAGCGAAAUCACUAAUUUCAUUCCAUGCAUCAAGAUCGAUAAGAGCAUACAAUAGUAAUGAUUGCAGCAAUGCAAACAUUUGCAUGUUUCCAAAAUUGUAUUUGUCAAGUCUAUGACAUCAUUGCAUUUUAUGGAUGCCUAAUGAUGUUUUAGUCAUAUACAACUCUGAAGUUUUGGGGGAAAUUUUUCAUUUAUUUUACACUUUUUAGUAAAUUUUUGUUGAUUUCCUUUUUGAGUGUUUUUUUCUAAGGAAAACCUUUUAAAAACUACCGUACUUAGAUAGAAAGUACAUUUUUUUAAAAUACGGACAAAAUGUUAUAUCUGAGGUAACAGGACUUUGUAAUUGAUGUAACAUGUCUAAAUGCAAGCAAGCAAAAAUAGAACUAUUUCAAUUAUUUUACAGAAAUAAAAAUUCUUGUCUUUAGCUGUUAAAUAAACUUAAAUAAACCAUAAAUAACAGUGCUUUAAUGCUUGUUCAUCAUGUGACAUUGGCAAUGAAAAUAGUUUGUCUAUAUUUGCUAGAUAGUAAACCUAAUAAAAUUCAUUAAAAACUUCUAUUAAAAUGUGCAGUUAUUUUUUUAAUUCAAAUGAUGGUGGCCACCAGGUAUGUGUCACACAAAACAAAGAUAAUAAAAAUGACUCCAUACUAACGUGCAUGAAAUAAUUUAUAUACCACCAAAUUUUAUACAUUUUAAUUUUACUGGGAAUUCACAAAUAACUAUUAUAUUACCCAUACUUAUAAUAGAUACAAAAUAAUAAAGACUAGGCUAACUUAACAUACUUAACUUGAUUUUAAACUAUAUCUUUUCUAGGCCAAGCCUAUGCUUAUAUAUUUGGAUAUAUAUGCUAGUUACAAUAAGUUAGAUUACCACAAUAAAAUUAUAAUUUCUAAAGAGAAACAUAAUAAAAGUUAAUGCAUAAUUAUUGCUAUAGUCAAUAUUUUUAAGUGAUCCAGAAAUUAGAAAGUUAAGAAAGCAGGGGUUCACUUUGGUAUCACACACAAUUUAAGCAUUUCUUAUAAUGAAAAUCAUUAUGCUAACAAAAGUUUAAUGUCCUCUCUGCAGGCUGUGCUGGAAUUCAAUUUACUUGGAAUAAAAUCCUCUGAAAAGUUGGUGGUUCCAAUGCAACAACCAUUUUAAAAUAUUAAACCAAGGUUAUAGUAUUUGAAAAUUCUAAAAUGGAUUAUGACAUGGAGAGUGUUGAGGCAAACGGGAAAGACAUAGCAGAUAAAUCUAUUGAUAUGGAGUGGCAGAUAGAUUCUGAAUGGAUCAACCUCUCAACCACCCCUGUGGCACCACCCAGCAACAACAAAAAGAAUAAACAAAUUAAACAAGAACAAUCAAAUUUUGAAAAUAUGUCACCUCCCAGUUUUCAGCUCAUACCUGCCUCUAAAGGAGGUAAAUAUUUAGUUGUAGACAACCAACCAUUGAGACUAAGCCAGAGAAAGACUUCUGGAUAUUCUUAUUGGGUUUGCAGCAUUCCUUGCUGCACAGCCAGGUGUGUCCUUGAUCCUGAUGAAAAGAAAAUAGUUAGACUAUGCAGAAACCAUAAUCAUGAAGCGGAUGUUAGUCGACAGGAAUAUAAAAAAUUUAUCAAUGCAUUAAAAAUUUCAGUUAAAGAAAAUCCUCAUGUGAAACCAAAAGCUUUAUAUGAUGCUGAGAUAGUAAAGACUAAAGAACGAUGGAGAGAAUCCAAGUUGAAGAACAAUAGCAAUGAAGAAGAGCCCAGCUUGCCUAGCUUCGAUAAAGUAAGAACAGCAAUGUACAACUCAAGGAAUGCAGUCCUUUCUUCUGUUUCUUUAAAAGCGGUAGAGGAGGAAUCUGGUGCUGCUUCUGAAGCAGUACUUCAAGCAGGACCAAGUCGGUCAACUCGAACAAGAGAUGCUAAGGCAAACCAAAAGAGAAAAUCCACACCUACUAAGGCUUUGGUUCUCAGUGGUUCUGAUCUUGAUGAACUGGUGAGUACAGUAUUUUUAUGAUGAAUUUCUGCAUAUUAAUUGCUUGUACUAAUAACAAGGUAGGAAAAUUACUGGCAUUACUUUUUUCCAGCUGUAACAAGAAUAAUAACUUUGAUAGUGGAUUCUGGUAGAUUGAGUUUUCAAUAAAUGACUAGUUUUGGUCUCACUUUUUUGUUACCAUGUUGGUGACUUGUUACUUUAGAAACGGAGUGGGGAACCAAAAGGCUUCUCGGGUCGCAGGUCAUUACACCUUAUAUUAAAAUAAGUCCCCACUAAAUGGUGUAUAGCAAUGUUUAUCUCUUCUUAAUGUAUAUAAUAAAAUGCUAAAUAAUAAAAUGCAAAAAAUCUAAACUGAUGUACCCGAAAGAUCUUUUUACCUUUUUUUUUUUAUCUUUUUAAAUGGAUUUCUUUAACCAAGAACAAUUAAGUUUAUUAGUAAUAUUAGUGAUAAAUUAGGCAUUCACAGGCUUCAAUAGUUGAUGUGGCGGGCAGUUUGCAGCUGCUGGUUGGCCACCCCUGCUUUAGAAAGUUAAUGAGAAUGAAAUAAGCAGCAGCAUCACUUGUUUUUUUGUUUUUUUACCAAUAAUUAAUUUGAUGCCAGUUUGAAGACAUGACAUACCAGAAAAGAGGUUACAAACAUUGAUGACUGAUCUCACCUUUUAAAAAUAGAGAUUUUGAAUGCUGAAGGCUUCAAGUGCCCCAAACAAGACAAAGAAUUGUGUCCCUUUUGUAUUCUGUAUUAUUUUGUUAGCAUAAAGUGCACCUUUUCCAAACCAUCCAUUUAUCAUUCCAUCCAUCAAUCCAUUAUUAAGUUAUUAUUCCAUAUAUUUUCAUGGUUAUUUUUGAAGUGUUACACUCAAACCCACCAUGACGGCAGAGGGAAUAUUUUGUGGAAUAGGACAGACCUUGAAUUUGAUAUCCUAUUUGACAAUAAUUAUUUUCAAAAAGUAAAAUGAUACAGAUAUAUUAUUUUCAAUAAAGGAAAAUGCACUGUAAAUCAUUUUUAAGAAUAUUGGAUACUCAUUAAGAUUUAUGUGGUAUUUAUAAAUAGUAUUAAUUAAAAUAAUUGUUUUGAAAAAUUGGACAGCUCUCCUGGGAAUUUUGUGUCUUUGGUGACCUUCAAUUUUCAUCUAGUGCAGUGCUGUCCAAGCAUCUCACAUGGUCCACAGACUUAUUUUAAAUGGCUCGCCAGAACUUGUGCAAUUUUUUUAUGAUUGGUGUAAAAAUUAAAACAUGUUAUAUGGGAAAACAAAAUUUAACGUCAGUCAUUGAUACAGUAUUGUUGGGAAAUCGCGUGAGUGCACAUCAGCAGGAAAACAAUUUGCGAACAUGGGGGUUACAUGGAACAGAAUUCUAGUGUCUUUUAUCCAAUGGUAAUACUGGUGACGCUUCGUGGGAACUGGAUAUAAUUUCUAAGUACUGCAGGUAAAUGAUUGCGCUUUAUAGGAUAAUAAGAUAGAAGGAAUGGAAGGUUCUCUGGUCGGAUUAAACGAGAUGAGAUCUGGGGUACUAAAGGUCACACAGGAUUAUGGCUGGAGAUUGUAAGCAAGUUAAGAUUAAAAAACAGUCUAGUCAGGUAGGGGAGUGAGCCCAUCCUGUAUUUUUAAGACUAGUUCUUGGUUUUCAGUGAUCUGCAUUCCAGGAGUUGAAAGCAGGAUGAAAGCUGUUUUUGUUGGUAGUUAGUGCUCUUCAGUCAGAGGAGAAAUUUUGCCACACAGUAGGAACAAUUCUUGAAAGUAUAUUUUUUUCUAAAAGACAAUACAAUUAAAAAACAGAAAGUUACAUGAGAAACCGUACAUUUCAUGUAGUUCUUUGGAAAUGAAAUUUUUGGUUUUAUCAUUUUAAUGAAAAGCCAAUGUCUGAUGUGCCAGACUUCUACUUCUAUGUGCCGGUAUUGUAAAUUUGAUAUAAUUAGUUUGUAUUUUUUGUUGCAAUUUAAAGUUCAUUUGGUUGAAAGGUGAGUGACAUUGGAGCAUGAAAAAUGACAUAGUAAAAAGUAAAAAAAGGUUAGCAUUUAUAAAACAUUAAAGUUUAACAUUAUGCAUCCUAAAUGUUUACACUCAUUCUUUAAGCUUAUUUUUUUUUUCAGGAUUAAGUUCACUUUUAAGCAUCAUUUAUUGCAUGGCAUGUAGUUAUUAAAUGUUUUCAAAUGAACAUUAGAACAAAUUUUAAUGGCUUCUUGUAUUUUUGGGAAACUCCCACCCAUCACUCAAUAAUAAGAGAUGGUUACCUUGGUUUGCCCAAGUUUGUGGUGUUAUAUGGCAGAAAUUGAAUUACAUUCUAUAAAACAUAUUAUGACAUUUGAUGUUUACAUUGUCAAAGCUUUUAAAUUUGUUAAGAAUGUUGUUAAAGCUGUUCAAUGUGCUUCAAUUUUCUUUAUUAUUAAAUAUAAAUGUAGCAUAAAUUUUACCCUUUUAUUUUUGUAUGGUGCUUCUGUUUGAAUUUUCUAUUGUAAUUAAAGUGGUUUUCUGUUACAAUGUCACUGCACUCCAUUGUUUAAAAAAAUAACAUAAUUUUUAGGCCUCUCUCCUCCAUUAGCUCUCUCUCUCCUCCAUUAAUUUCAUAGACAAAUAUAUAAACACAUGUAACAUUAUUAAAGAUUAUACAUUUUCUGUCCCUUAAAACUGGAGAGUUUAAAAUGAAGCCAUUGAUCCAAGCAUAUUAACAGUCAAUCAACAAAAAACUAAAAAAAAAAAUUAUCAAAAGCCUUCAUCUGGAUGACACUUUGUGUAUAGUGUGCUUUACACAAAGUUUCAGCUUCUUAGUAUAAUCUACAUUAUCUGGUGGAAGCUAGAAAUAUUUUCUUUAUCUGUUUUCCCAACAGUAAACACAUAGUUUUUUAGUUAUCUAAAUUAGCUACAUACAUUUUUAAGUUUAAUUAUCAAUAAAUAUGGCUUUCAGGUUUAUUGCUUUUUAUGAAAUUUAUGGAAUUAGUUUCUCUCAAUAGGGUUAUAUUAAUGCAACUUCACAUAUCAAGCAUCGAAAAUUUUAAGGAAUGCAUUGCACAUAACAUGUUAUCUUAUCUGCUAUGCUUCAUGCCUAUGUUUCUUUUAUGAUUUGCAAUUUAAUUUCAAUUUGCAAUUUUUAUUUAAUUUAACCUUAAGUUUUACAUUUUAUUCAUGAAUACUUCUUUUAAAAGCAACUUUUUGGUUAGGAGGUUAUAAUUUGCUUUUGGUAUAUAAAUGUUUUUUUUGUUUUUUUUUGUCAUUGUCACUAUCUUCAUUUGCUUUAGUUGUUUGUUUCUUUUCACCUUUUCUUGAAGUAAUAUUUCAUUCUUUCUUUCUUUCUUCCUUUCCCUUUUUUUUUUUUUUUGCAUCCCUUUUUCUUUAACCUUUUAAUUUUAUAGGAAAAAAUUGUGCUUAAUAAGCCGACCACUUUGUUAGAUUUGGUGCACGUUUGAUCACUGAGCAGAGCAUUUUGUUAGAUUGUGCACGUUUUUCUCUAAAUCUCUCAACUUGAAACAGUUCAUUACUUCUUUAUCUUCAUAUCUUUUGCUGCAUGCAAGGCGCAAACAAACAAAAUACCUAUUUGGUUCAUUUCAACAAUAAUUGCAUACAGUUGUUCAAAAUAUUUAGUUAAUAAUUGUAUUAACUAUCACCAGGUUACUUUCUCGAAUUUUCUCAGACCUUGACCAAUUUAUCCGACAGUGGAUUUUAUUCCCCAAUUUUAUUUUCUCUUUUGUUUACUGCCACAGAGGAAUCUCAAAGGUGGGUACAUUUUGUAUGCCUUGUACAAUGUACUGUAUUGAGUUCUUUUGUUCUUGUGGCUGUAAUAAAAUAAAAAAGCAAAUUAUACCUCCUUACCAAAGAGAAAUUCUUAUAUUAAUAUCAGUUAUUUAUUAUAAUGAUCUACAAAUUGAAAUUUAACUCUCAACUUAUUGUUGCUCAUUAAUUUAAUUUUAAUGUUUUUAUUUCAGUUAUCCCAUAUAUAAUAGUAACAUAUUUUCAGGUCUUAAAAAUAAAAUGACAAAUUUGUGUAAGCAUUAUAAUUUAAAACGAAGAAAAUGUUAUGUCAUGAGAAAUUAUUGCUCUUAAAAAAAUAUAAAAAACUAAUUAACUUUAAAAUCGGUCAAUUUACUUGAAUGUCACAAUUAAAUAUAUUCAUUUUCCACAAACAGGAAGAAGAGUGGUGUAGUGAACCACAUAAGGAUGCCAAUCUGAGUGAUUUUGAGGAGUGGCUUGAUGAUGAUGUAAAUGUUCAUUUGCCAAAUCGUUUGCUUAAUAUUAAAAAAGAAGUCAAAACCUUGCUAUCACCUCAAAAGAAAACCUAUGUCAAAGAAACUCAAGAUCUUGAGCAAAAAGAAAGUGAUGAGGUGAGUUUUCAGAAUGUUAAUCAUUUUACCUUGAAAAAUUAUUGUUACAAAUUUUAUAUUUUUAUGCCUGUUAUUUAAAAUGCAAAGAUUGCAAAUGAUUCUAGAUCUAAUACUACUAAAAUGUUUAACACAAAUUUGGCAAAAUUAUUUUUAUCUAACUUUGAAAUUAUAUAUAUAUAUAUAUAUACAUAUUAAAUUAAAUUAAAGAAUAUAUAUAUUUUUUUAAAUAGGUUAGUUUAUUUAAAUGAAUUUUUAAACUUUAAGAAAUAGCUUUUCAACCCUGUUACCAUUAGUUACAAAUAUAAUCUUUUAAUUAAAAUGUUGAAAAGGUUUUUAAUACAUUGAUAGAAAGUACCAGUGGCAUAACCAGGUUUUUUUGGCCAAGCUUUUGCCAAUAUCCUUUAAAAAAAUGCUUCCUCUCAAUAUUAAGAAAAAAGUGCCACCCCUCCGUACCCCCUCUCCUAGUACGCUUCCUUAACAUCAUAGUACCUACUGUUAUCUUUUUGUAUUUAUUACAUUGAUACAAAGUUAUAUAUUUUACCAAAAGAUCAAACAAUUUUUAUUAACAUUUUUCUUUUCUCAUUUACAUUUCUCUCUCAGAGUAACCUUUGGGAGGGAAUAUCCCCACUUGAGAAUAUUCCCCGUCGUAAGUAUCGCAAGCGCCCAGCUUCUUCAUCUGUCUUCACAUGUCCUCAUUGUCCUUACAAGUCCAAUCGUCAUUUCAAUGUACAACGUCACGAAAGGUUGGCUCACUCUACCAAGAAACCAGAAUUUAGUUGUACAGAGUGUGGAACAUCCUACUCACUUGAAUACAGACUCAAACUUCAUAUAAAAGCUGUUCAUCAAGGUGAAGGUCAGCACUGCCACAUUUGCUCACGCACAUUUGAAACCAUGACAGGACUAAAAUCCCACAUCGUAACCAAACACAAGAAUGAAGAUCUUAAAGUGCAGCGAGAACCACCACCUGAACUGACAUGUGGGCUGUGUGGGAGAGUGUUUUCCACCAAAUCCCAUCUUCAAAAACACACUAGCACACACGUGAUGAUCCAACCGUAUCGUUGCUAUAUAUGCAACAAGGCUUUUAUGGAAGAAGUUUCUUGGCUGUCACAUCAAAAUACCUGUAAUGAUCCCUUCAUUAUCCAAUGUUGUCUUUGUAGUGCAGUUAUCCCAAAUGCUCUUGAGCUGAUAACUCACAUGGAUAUAAUACAUGGACGAUCUGAGUACUCGUGUCACUGUGGCAAGAUAUUUCCAUGGAAAAAAUCCUUGCUCACCCACCAACAGAAAUGCUCUCUAUUCUUAGCUGAAAGAAGUGGCUAAAAUAAGAGAUUCCCUCCAUUUGCAUGUUUCUAAUAUAUCUUUAAUGAUAAAUAUUUUAAAAUCUUAUUUUUUAAAAUACUUACAGAAUGUAUUUAUUUGAAACAUCUUAACCUUAUCUUGAACUAACUAAUUGGAAUUACCAUUCUUCACAGAAACUGAUACAUUAAUUAAAGAUAUAUCAACAGUAGAUUCUGCUUACCAAGGUCCAGGGCUUGUGGAUGCCAUAAAGUUGCUAUUCUCUUGUAAUUUUUUUAGGAAUAAGUCCUUCUUUAAAUAAAUACGAUGACAAAUUUUACAGAAAAGGGAAGACAAUAAUGUUUUUACUGUUUGCACAUUUUGUUCAAAUUUUAUAGGAAAAUAUUGACCUAUAUAUAGGUCUUUGGCUAUACAUGAUUUCCUUCCUUUCUCAAAUUGGCAUAUUUUACGAGCUGUCAUCUCCAAUGCCGAGUGGUAAAAACUGAUCAAAGUUGCCUUUAAGACCUUCCUUUUGUUUCAAUAAUGCAAAAAGUAUUUUUAUUAAAUUAAAAGGUUGCCGAAAUGAAUCAAGUGCCCUAUUUAAGUUGAAUCCACUAUUAAGAAUCCAGUUUUUAACAUCAUGCCUUGUCAUUAUUUGGAGGGGGGGGGGGGGUUAAAAAUUAUCUCAAUUUUCUUUUCCAUUUUUGAUGUUAAAAGUCAAAUUAUUUUUAAACAUUCCCAAUGGCAUGACCUAAUACUGAAAUUAAUCAAGUGCCCUAUUUAAGUUGAAAUCACUAUUUAGAAUCCAGUUUUUAACCUCAUGCCUUGUCUUUAUUUGGGGGGGGGGGGGGUUAAAAAUUAUCUCAAUUGUCUAUUCCAUUCUUGAUGUUAAAAGUCAAAUUAUUUUUAAACAUUCCCAAUGGCAUGACCUAAUUAGUAAAUCUAAGAUCACGAAAUACAACUUAGAGGUGUUUAAAGAAAAAAUCAAAACAACUUCAGGUACUUUAAUUAGUUGAUCGAGGUCAUAUCAUUAUUCAGGACUGUUAAUAUCAAAAUGGGGAAUUUACCUCAAAUGAGUUGUUUUUUUUCCACAAAAGUAUUUUAUUGUUACUGUUAAAAUGUACAUUAGUGUUCUAAUGUAGUAUGUACUUAAUUAUUUUAUAUAAAAAAUGUCUUCACAAUCAUUUAAAUCAAAUGUAUUUGAAAUUGUGUCAGAAAAAACGCAAUUUAUUGUGCAUUUUAAAGAUCUUUAAUCUUGUCUUCCACAUAUCAAAAUCUUGAUCUCUAAUAUUUGUGUGAAUCAUCUACCCAAUUUUGAUACAUCUUCUAAUGUGCUCUUUUGUAUAUACAUCACAGUUUUUAUUUUUUUAAAUGUAUAGUGCAACUUAUGAAUGCUUAAAUAUUCUAAUUAUCACUUCCAAGUGAACAAAACAUAUCUUAAAGAGCUUUGUUUGGUUAAUCAUUUAAAUAUGAAUCAUGACUUUAUUCUGAGUUGAAGAGUCAUGCUUAACCUAUAUAAUGGCCAACCACAGGCUGUGAUAUAUCUAAGAAAACAUAUCUGUCUGAUUCUUGUGGUAUGUUCUCAUAUAUUAAAGUUAUUAGUAACAGAUGAAAAGGCUUAAAAGAUACCCCCAAAAUAAAAACACCUUCUUUCUUUAAAAAAUCAUGAUUGCAUUUUCAUGUGCCAUAGGAUUUUAUAUCUUAAAACCAAGAAAUAAAAUAAAACAGGCAGGAAAAUAUGUAUUACCAUCUGUUUAUUUCAUAUGUAAUGUGAGAAAUGUUACUGAGAGCAUGAAAGACCUACAAGAGUAAAAAUGGUAAUGUAAGCAUGUAAAACUGAUUAAAUUUUUUAAUUGCAUUUUUUAAAAAAUGAAAAUAUACCUACCAUAAUGUUUGCAUUGUAAAAUUUUUUUAUAAAUAUCUAUAAUUAUAAAUAUUGUGUGUGUGCCUUUCAGUGUCUGUUUUUGUAACACAAGCAGGCUUUGUUCACAAAGUAUGCAGACUUUCCAUUUCUUCUAAUAUUAGAUAAAGCAUUUACAUGAACUUCUUAAAAAUAUAUAAAAAGAUGAGAGUUCAGAAUUUCUUUAUAUCUUUAUUUAAAAAGUGUGUCAAAACUUUUUUUUAUCUUUGAUCAAUUAUUUGUAUGUAGGCCUUGAAUAGUUUUAAAUUAAAACUGUAGCUGAAGUCAAAACUUCAUUUCACUGCCACAAUGUGUUAUUGAGGUAAUAGGGAACAUAUUUAUAAUUUUAAUUGUUCCUGAGAGAAGCCAAUUUGAUGAUAUAUCAUUCCAGCUACUUCUAUUUGCCAUUUUGUCCAUUGUUAGCAUUCCAUGUAUUGUGUAUUUAUCAGGAUAUUUUUAUGAGGUUGUGAAAGUACUUUAUUGAUAAUAUCUAAUAUGCAGGUUGUGUUUUUUCAAAUUUUUAUCAUAAAUCUUUGCUACUAAUUUUUAUGCUUUUUAAAAUAUCAAAAAUAAUCUAGAGUUUUUCAAUAAAAUUUGAUUUGGUUCAACGCUAUGUUUGUUUUUGUGUUGGCAAUGGAAUACUUGUUUAAUUAGUGUGACAGUUUUGAUUAAAUUAACUUUACUGUUAAAUUAGGAUCCAUGACAGAAAAUAAUCCAAAUUUUAAUUAUGCAUGCGUAAUAAAUUCUGUUUAUAAGACAACAGUGAUAUCUGUGAUGUGUUUCCAUUAUAUAGCAUUUCAACACAUAAUUAUAUUGAUCUCUCAAGACAAAGUCAUUUAAAAUCACCAAGUACAGAUUGCGAAAUGGAGAGAUGUAUUUUGUAUUUCGGUUGUCUUUUAGUUUUAAGUGCAAGAAAUAUUCAUGUCACACCAUAAAGAAUCUAGGCCAAAUGAUAUUAAAUCUGGGGAGUAGAAAUGUAACUUUUUUGGUUGAAACUUUGUUAGAUGUGGAUGAAAUAAUCUGGGUUGAUUUGUAAUUAUAUUCAUGGAUUCACUUUUUGUCAUCAGGAAGACGAUGGUGAUGAAACUGAUGAAGACUGGAAAGCCUCUCCCACAUCCAGCACCAACUCUAAGAGUAACAUGGAAGAUGUGAGUUUCCAUUUCAUGCCAUCAAAUCGUGGAUCGCAGGUUCUAGUGAUAGAUGGAUGCUUGCUUCAUCAAAAUACUAUUCGUGCAUCAGGGAAGUCUUAUUGGAGAUGCCAAAAGAAAGGAUGUUUCUAUAGGUAAUGGGUAAUGACCUAGGGUAUUAUUACAAGAAAAAUUUAAAGAAUAUGUUAUAGUUUUGCAGAAAUCUGUCAAGCUUUUAAUGUGUUACACUUUCUAAUAUGUUUUAUUAAUCAAGAAUCUUUAUUUUUUGGUCUCUUCCCACACUUGUGCAGUAGUCCUCAAAGGGGACAUUGGGAUUUCCUGGAAAGGGGGGGGGGGUGUGUUAAAAUACUCUGUAGCUAUAGGGGGAUGCUAGGACUAUCUAAGGGGGCAUUGUUGGAUUAAAUCAAUAAAGGUUUUUUUAAAAAUCAAAAUGAUGUUAUAGCUUGUGUGUUAACCUAAUUUUGUCACCAUGAGCCUUGGCAUUCAAUCCCCCCCCUCCUGCUUUUGCCCCCUUUUUAUGAUACUGACGUCACCAAUUGACUUGGUGACACUGUGCUACCACUCCUUUUCUACCACACCCCCCUACCUUAAUAUAGUUUUUAUAUCUAUUUAUUUGAUUUGGUAUUUUUAUAUAAACUAGAUAGAAUAAUAAAAUUUAAUAUUUUUAAUAUCAUUAGCUUUGAUAUCAUUUUUCUUUGUAUACUGGUUUUCAGUGCUUUGUUACAUAUUGUUCAACAAAUUAGCCAAAUCUUAAAACAGAUUACUUUUGCAAAACCAUAUAAUCAUAUAAUAUAUAUAUAAAAGAGAAAAUUUGUGGGUUUGUUUAUUUGUGGCUUUGUUCCACAAAGGCUUUUAAAUGGAUUGAUGGAUCUAGACCAAACUUGGCAUAAAUAUCCUUCAUUAUUCGGAAGGAACUCUUAAGGGGUUAUAAACUUUUUAUAAUGUUCCGUUUGGGGCCAGGGCCCCGAAUUUGUUUCCUUUCUUAUUUGAGUAAUAUAUAUAAAAUUAACAACAAAUACUCCUAUAUGAAUAGAUGGAUCUUGACCAAACUUAGUUCACAUACACUUGAUUAUCCAUGUUCAAAUACCGAAAGGUACUGAACUCAUAAUAUCCAUUCCUCUUGGGAUUUUUCCUAAUAUAAGCUAUACAUAUAUCAAUAGGCCUUGACAACACUAUAGUAUAGGUUCUAUGUGAAUUGACGGAUAUAGGCCAGCAUGGUAGCAAUGCACUUCAUUGUCCGUAUUGAAAUAUCGGUGGAUUUAAAACUAUGAAUAUCCCAUCUAGAAUUUUCCAGAAAGCUCAAUUACUUUAAAAAGCUAUAUCUAUGGCAUUGUUAAUAGAUUUUAAUGGGACAAAUUUUAAACUUUAACUUUAAUAUUUAUCUGAAUGAUUUUUCUUGGGCCCCCCAUCUCAGGCAAAACUAGUAGGGCAUAUAGUUGUAUAAUUUUUUUUGUAUUCAAAGAAUAAUUACCGGUACUUAGAAAAUUCAUUUUUUAAACGUUUCGAGGAGGAUAUUAAUUUUUUAUCUAGAACUAGAAUGUUCUAGAAAGUUCUAUAUUGUUCUAUGGGGAUUGAAAUGUUUGUUUAGUUCUAUACUUUCAUGGGUAUGUUCUUUAAAUAGACCCUUCAUAAUCCUAUCGGAAACAAAAUCCCAAUAGGAACAUGAUCCCAACGAGGAAGAGGAUCCUAAAGGUGAAUGAGUAAACUGGAACCCACCGGUAACACAAUCCCAUCGAGUGAUGUGAUAAUUAGGGAUCCUAUCUGCAAAUAGGAUCCCAUCGGAGAAGAGGAUCCCACUGGGAAACAGGAUCAGGAUCCCACCUGAAAUAAGGAAAAAUGGAAAAUGGCAUCCUACUUGAAAAUGGGAUCCCAUCAAUUAGUUGAGGACCCCACAGGGGUCAGGAUCCUAUUUGGAAAUGGAAUCCUAUCACAAUAGGGAUCCCAAUCAGGAUCUCUAUGGGGUCAGGAUCCCAAUGUCGUCGGGAUCCUAAUUAGAAAUGGGAUCCCAACAAUAGGGGUCGAAGAAAGAAGAUCAUAAUCUGGAUCCCAAAUGGGAUGUGGAAUCCAAUUUGGAAAAGGGAUACCAUUGGGAUCGGUAUCCCAAUGGGUUUGGGAUCCCAAUGGGUCGGGAUCCCUUUUUGAAACAAGAUCCAAAUAGGGAUCACAUUAGGAUUGGGAUCCCAUUUGGAAACAAGAUCACAAUCAGGAUGCCAAAUGGGGUCGGGAUUCCAAUAGGAACUGAAUCCCAUUGGAAAUAUGGUAUCCUACUUGGAAAUGGGAUCUCAUCGGGGAAUGAAAUGUUUACAAAAGUUAUUUUAAAUGUGUUUAUAUAGGAAACAAAUAAAUUCUUUUAUUAUUUUUUUACUUUAAGGCUGUUUUUUAAUAUACUUGGCGCUAAAUUUCAAUGUUAAUUAAUAGGCUGUUGAAGUUAUUGUUUUUUCCUAAUGCAAUCCCAUGCAGCACCAGAUGUAUUGGCUAGUAAUGAUAUAAAAUUUAAAAAAUAAAUUAUGAUUAUCAGAUAAUUAUUGCCUUGAAAAAAAGAGAGUCCAGAAUAGACAUCUUAUUUUAUUACCUAUUAUUGUCUCAUUCAUUGCCAACAUCUGGUGGCUAAAAACUAAAAGUUGAUUGAUUUUCACAAUGUGAGUAGGUAAGUUGCUUUGAAGAGCUUUUUGACACUGAAAUUUUUAAAAAAGCUGCUUCUCUCCGUGCUAAAACCCCAAAGACAUCAGACAGGAAUUAGCUACUGCCAGAAAUAAUUGCAGAUUUCAAUAAAAAUCAAUUUAAAUAUUCUAGAAAAUGAUGCCAACCGUAUAAAAACCAAAUGAAUAAACUCUACUUUCAUAUCUCACUCAAUCAAACCUGCACAUUAGGAUGUUGGCCAAAAUCCAAGACUGUUGGAACUAAAAUGUAGCAAUACAUAUAAAAAGAGUUGGUUGUAUAAAAAGAGUUGAUAGUCUGCAUUUUAUACACUUCUAGGCCCUUAGGCAAUCUGGACCACAUUAUGCUCUUUAGGACCUUAAGGAAGCCAUGGUGUUCUGUCCUCUCUGGAUGUUUUUUCCUAAAGUUUGUUUUAUGAAGGGUUGGGGGGGGGGGGGGGGUGGGGAGCAAAAUUGAAGAAGGCAACUGUACGGGUGAGUGAUAUAACUUAUUGGUAUAUUUAACUGGACUGUUAACAACUGAGGGUUGACAAAAAUAAAUCACACAAUAACAAUUCCUUGAAGAAUGCUGGGUAAUAGUAAGAAUGUUAAAUUACAAUUUUUUUUUCUUAAUAAUCUUAGAGCUGUAUAUGAUCCUAAGCUGGAUAAAGUGACUAAAACAACUGGCCUCCACAACCACCCGCCAGAUUCCAAUCAGAUGAUGAGACGGCAGUUUAUCAACAAUGUUAAAAGUCAAAUUACUGAUAACCCAAAUGUUCCGCCCAAACAGUUAUAUGAAAAGGAGGUGCAAAAAGUUAAGCAAGAGGUAGGCAUUAAAAAGGAUAAUAAGUGAUAGACUAUGUUAAAAAAGCUGAAGUAUUAUUUAUGUUGCUGAUAUUAAUUUUAGACAAGGGUACUACAUUAGAGUCCUUACUUUGAUGACUUACCCUUUCUGCACAGAUGCAUUUACUAUUUGUAGUGUAAUGUGUUAAUGAAAUUAUUUUUCUCAUACUUUUUAAACACAUUAAUUAAAUUAUAUUUAAGAAAAAGGAAAGUAAAAGUUUAGAAUAGGGGAAUACCUUUGAAACUGAUAUUGAUUGGUCUUCACAGAAGUUCCAGUUGUAGAGUCGUCUCUGGCUAGAUAUUCAAUUUAUAAAUUUAUAGACUUUGUUGAAAAUUUAGGUUCACUAAACUGUGAACAUCUGUUACAUGCAAUGCAGCUUUAAUGAAGAUCACCAUUUAGUGAACAUCUAUUUCAUGCUGAUUUAAAGUUACUUGCAAAAGCUUUGGGAGUUUGUCAGCAUUAUUUGGACAAAUUUAGAUGGUAACUUGAAAUUUAACAAGAGUCAAAUUAUUUUUUUUAAAUUCAGCUUUCAGAACUGGGUGUUUCAUGGAAAAUUCCCCCAUUUUCCUGCGUUAAACACCUUGCUUAUCGCGCCAGGAAAUCUGCAAUGAAUGAUGAUGCAGAAGAAGAGGAGGACGAAAUUUCUGAAGAACAGGUAAACAUUUAUAUACCAGAACUUUUUUUUUUUUUAAUUUGUAGAUCACCUUAAAAAUUCUGUAUGUAUGAAGUUAAAUAGAUUUUAAAUGGUAUUUCAGCUCCUUUAUAGCAUACACACACUUUUCCUCAAGUUGUUUAUAGCGAUUUUCUGUUUACAUUUGCAGCCUAUUAAGAGACAGAUAACUGAGACAGAGAAGAAAUUUCUUGAAGAAUCGGUAUUAAAUCCUCAGGAGGAAGAAAGUGGUAUUACUAUGUCCCUUCUGUCUCCUGGGCCUGCACCAAUACAAUCAAAGAAUUUCCCAGACCAAAGAUUCUAUUUUAUCCCAUCUAAAAAGGGUAAAGAGAAAAUUUUACUUUCAUUAGUUGAGAUAAUGCAAUAAAUCUCUAUAUUGCAGUGAGGUAUCUGUCUCACGCCAUAUGGGGUGCUAUUUAAAAAAUUAUUUCUAUUAAAGAUAAGGGUAACAUGAGCAAUGCAACUAUGAAAAACAACUUGAGUAAUGACUUUAUUUUUGCAGUAAGGGAAAAUUGUGGAACAUUUUAGGGAUAAAUAUACUCUUUCACUUUCAGAAGUGAUCUAGAAAUAUUCUAUGUUGACGUUUGAUUAGUUUCAACCCUCUUUGACUAUUUGAAACAGGAAAGCGUAUUUUGGUGGUGAAUGAUUUCACAUUCCGUCUCAACAGUCUGAAGUCUGGUGGUCGAUAUUACUGGAAGUGUACUGUUGAUCCCUGUAUGUUUCGAUGUGUGUAUAAUGAAAGCAUUCAAGAUAUUAUCAAGGUGACAUAUAGUUUAGAUCUAAUAUGUUCAUAGAAUGUUUACUUUCGUUUUAAACUUUAGCCAUAUUUGUUUAUUUUGAAGUAUUUUAAAUUGCGAUGUUGCGAGGUCUUUCACAAAUAAAAUUUUAAAUUUAAUAAUUAUUAAGAUGUUAUUAAAUGUGGAUUUUAACUCUUUUUAGAUUUCAGGAAAGCACAAUCAUGUUACUAAUGUCCAUAAGUUAAGAACAAGAGAAUUUUGCUUCUUAAUGAAGGCUCGGAUGGCCGAGGACCCAACACUGACACCAAAGAAAGCAUAUGAUAGAGAGAUUGCUAAAAUUCGCAUCUUAGAAAAUGGAGAGCAGCUUGUUAAAUGUCUGCCUGCUUAUUCAAGUAUUCGCACAUCACUUUACAACCAAAGGCACAAGUAGGAUUAUUAACUUUUAUUUUUUUAUCAUUCAAAUAGCUACUGUCCAACAGUAGUUGGAUAUUGAUUGAAAAAAAUAUCUUAAUCUGUUAUCCUACUGUAAUUAUUAUUUCAGUUUUUAAAAAAGUGCUUUUUCAAAAUUGUUAAUAACUUAAGGACAGUUAUUUUGUUUGACUUAAUUUUUAAAAUUUGGUGCUGUUUUAAACCAUUAUUUAUUUAGAAGAGCACUGGAGGAAGAGCAAGGUGUCCUCUCUGGAGGGGGUCCAGGAGGCAGUGGGUACAACAAUUACUACCUGGGUAGCUCUACCCAUGGGACAACAGCAGACAGUAUGGUUUCAGCAAAAAGCUUAGAGCAGGCUCAAGAUAUUUCACCAAAGGAUAUUACAGUAAGUCAGGUGUUGACCAUGAGUCUUUAUUAUUUCUUAAGACCUGUAGUAAUAUUUUGAUAAAAACAAUCCCUUUGACAAAAAUAAUAAACCAAUUUGAGGAGUGUAUAGCUUAGAAAAUAUCUGAAGGUAAUAUAAUUUUUUUGUAAAGAAUUAUUUUCUUGAUUAAGUUACUACAUUUAUUGUUGUAAACAUUUCCAGCAUCUGAGUUUAGAAGACAAUGAUCCCAUGGAGCAUGAUGAGGAAGACAGAGGAACAACCAACACUAUGAAUAAUAACCCUAUGGAAAUAGCUACGCCUAGUCUGUAUGACAACCAUGACAUGAUUGAUCAUUAUUGUGAAACACAUAGAAAAGUCAAGGUACUGAAACAAUCUAAUUGAUUUGAAUCGCAUUUUGUAAAAGCCUUAAAUGGUCACCUGCUUCAUCUGAAGAAGUUCUCAAUAAUUAUGCUAAUUGUUAUCUAAAAUAUUAAUUAUUUUCUUGUUUUUAAUUACAGAGUUCUUCUAAAGUAUAAAUUAUUUUCUUGUAGUUUAAUUACAGACUCUUUUAAAUAAAAUUUGUUAGUACAACAUUUUUUCAUCUAAAAAAGUUAUUUUGCCUGGCAACUUAUAUUCUACUGACAGGUAGUGUGAUUGAGUUAAUUUCUAUGUGUAUACCCGUUUCUUUAUUAUAUAAAUACAUAUAUAUUUGUAAUGAUCUACAAAAUAUGUGUAACACAUUCCCAAUCAGAUUUCAACAAAACAAGAAGAAAAUUAUGUAGAAAAUCAAGUUAUUACAAAACCAGAGCCAUCAACAUAUUCAGUAACGUUUGUGCCAACAACAAGAGGUGGUCGGGCGAUUGUAGUAAAUGGAUGUGUGCUUCGCAUUAGCUACACUCGUGAAUAUGUAACUUACUGGAGAUGCCAGAACAAUGACUGUAAUUUUCGAUGCAGCUAUGACAGCAAAGUCAAGAAACUUUUACGCAUCAGUGGGGAGCACAACCAUCCUGUCAACAGAUACAGUCCAAUUAUUAGAACUUUUGUUCGUAAAAUUAAAAAUAGGUAAGCUUUGACCUAACUUUAGGAACAGCUAGUCUUGUUUACGUGACAUCAUUAAUUUUAAAUCGAGACAUUCAGCACAAGUAGUGGAGUAGUUCCAAAAUAAAUAGUAUCUCUGUGCUUUAUAGCCUGUACCCCAAUGACCUAAAAUACUAAUUGUAAAUAUGUUAAGCUAUAAAUAAAAGUGUCUCUGUUGUUAACAUGUUAUGCUACCAAAGAGUCAUGCUGUUCAGAUUCUUUUUGCAUUGACACGUUUUAAUAUUAAAUAAAGUAAAUUUAAAAUCAAAAUAUUUAUUGACAUUUUGUGAGGCCCUGGUUACACAAGUACCAGAUCAAUUUCCUUGGCAGAAGAACAACAUUAAUCACUGCAUUUUGAACAUUCUGUAGUUUAUUGAAUACAACAUCUCACUAAAGAGGCAAUAAAUGUUGCCAAGGGAUUUUUAUAUUUUUAAAAGCUUUAAUACAGAUUAAAAUCAGCCAACAUUAAAGUUUUUGAUUGUCCUCUGGCAGAGUAAGUGAGGAGUAUGAGUUGUCCCCGAAAAUAAUCUAUGAUGAAGAACUUGAGCGCCUUAAAGGUGAUGGUCAAGAUACAGAACUAUUGACAUCAAUUCCAAGCUAUGAAAGCCUCAAGUCAACUUUGUAUAAAUUCAAGAACCGGUCAGUUAGGACAAGCUUACAAAUGGAUGAAACAUUGGAUUCUGUAUCUGAUGAAUCGGAGGAAGAAAGAGUAAGCAAGCAUAAUUAUUAAAACUUACAAUUAAAUAAUGUAACACUUAUUAUUUUUACUCAUCUAAUGUAGCAAAAAUAUUGUCUUUUUUUUUUUUUGCAAAAUGCAUGCGGUGAUCCGACGAUGAAGCAUCAAUAAUUCUAGGGUAUUCAGUCAGCAACUCAAUUCAAGUGAAAACUUCCACCAAUGCGUGCCUAAUUCCAACUUCAAAAAAAAUAAAUUUGUUUCACCCAGUAAAUUUAAGUUUAAACUUCCAACUGAAGUAAAAUAAAAAUUAGAAAAGAAUGCAAUUUACAGUUCUUAUUGAUGUCAGCUUAAAUAAAAUAUAGGCCUACUUUUAUUUUUUUAAUGAAGAAAAUUGCAUCCGCUUUAGUUUUAGCUAGUGUAAAGAUAUUAAAUUAAGUCAUUCGGUAGUAGGCCUAAUUAUAAUAAAUAUUUAUAAUGACUAAAGCCAUUCAAAGUCAGUGAUAUUAAAUAUAUUUAAUCAAACAUUUAAUGACACAGCAGUUCUUGCUAAGAAUUACACAGAUUUGUAAUUAUGGUUCACUCCUUAAAGAAUUCCCCAUAAAAGAUAAAGGUAUAUUACAUAGAUAUUGGUGGAACCUAGCCAAGAUUCUGUUUACCUAUCCAUAUUCUAAAUGUUGGGCCAGAGGUCAUUUUGAACAGACCAAUAGGAUUUAAGCUUCCUUUUGACCUAUGACCGUGAAGAAGUGACAUAGGGUAAAAGUAUCAAUUUUGUGACCUACAAUUAAUUUAUUGUUUUGCAUGCAAUUUUCUAAAUCUUGUGGAAAAACUGUGCAAAGACCUGUAAGGCCCUACAGUCUAGGAAACUGUAAAAAACUGUACAAUGUAUGAUUGGCAUGUACAAUGUAUCACUACUAUCACUGCCACAUUAAAUUAAAAAAGAAAUUUACGAAUGUCCAAAUAAACAGUAUUUAGUAUUCAUUAAGAACUUUUUCAUCUUUUUUACAAUCUUAAAUAUAUUUCUUUACAGGAUGAGGAAAGCUUAUCUGAACCUUCUGAAAGCACACUGGAAGAUGAACUGCCGUUUGACCCAGUAAUUGAAGAGGGCUUCUCGACCUUUAAUGCUCAACUCCCAUCAUGGCUCGACCAGGAUCCUGAUAAACACAUUCUUGAUGGUCAUCUCUUGAUUAAAAAAAGUACCACUGAUACUAGUUCUGGCUGGACAUGCUCCAAAGAUGGAUGCCCUUUCCGCUGUGUGAUAGACAAUGACACAAAAGCUGUCACACGAAACCAAUGGGACCACACCCACAAGUCUGCAAUCAAACACAUAAUAGCCCAGGCCAUGUUUAAUGCUGUUAAAAGAAGAGCUGUGACGGGCCCAAGUGUUGCACCUAAAACCAUUUAUGAACAGGAAAAGAAAAGAAUAGCAGAUAAACUAAGUGGCAACGCUACUUUACUCAAAUUUAUCCCAAGCGUCACUCAGGUAUAUCAGCUGGUGAUUAAAACAAGAGCUAACCCUCCACCAAAGCUAAAGGAGAUAAAAUCCAAAAUCCCUAAGCAGCCCAAGAAGAAAAAGUCACAGAAGUUUUCAGGAAGUAAUAACAGCAACAGCAGUCUGGGUACUGGCAGCAACACCAGUAAUGGGGCUGGUCCAUAUGAUACUGAUUACUUGUUAGAGCAUUUUGAAGAAGAUGGGGAAAGAGUUAGUACCUACAUUGAGGAACAACGACAACAGAACAGCUUGUUUGAGCAUGAUGGUUCCAGCAUACUACAAACGGCAACACUGGACAGUAAUUCCAUCCCAGUUUAUCAACACCCAUCUUAUCACAGCAAUUCCUACACCAAUAUUCUUUCUUCUAAUACAAGCUUACCUAAUUCCUCUAAAACAAUUGGCCAGAUGGAACAUCAACCUGGCUUAAAUAAUUUUGGUUCUCCGCCGAAUAAACCUCCCAAUUUUCAAUCAACACUAUCACAUGUUGAUAGCAACCAAACACAGCCCCCACCUUUAAUUUUAGCAGUGAAUUCAGUCAGUGUACAGCCAAGCUUACAGCAAACUAGCCAUCCUGCUGUACCUGCUCAAAACCUAUCUUUGUCACCAAAUAGUGAGAAUGUGUUCACUUUGCAUGGUUAUCCCCUUCUCCCUGCUAUGACACAGAUUGGAAACAUCUAUUGGCAAUGCCGGGUCCCAGGCUGUAGCUUUCAGUGUGUCCUCAAUGCAGGAACAUCACAGAUUGUGCAAAUCUCUGGUAAUCAUAACCAUGAGCCACCAGGCUCUCAUUCAGCAUUUUGCUCCCAGGUUAGUCUUUGUUACCCUGCAGCGUUAUUAUGCAUGAAGUGUAUAUUCUUGUAUUAGUGUUUGCAUCAGCAGACCUGUUUACUCUUAUGAUUUCGGCGUACAAUGUACGGUUUUGAGAUGUCUUUUACAAUUAUAUGCAAAGACUUGUCAGGACAAUGGUUAGUAUGAUUUUUAAGAGACUUAAAAAUAACAUUUUCUGUUGUUAGUUUUAACUUGCAUAUCCAUUCUUCAUCCAGUGGGGAAUGGAUAGAGAAAUACGAUUGGUUGGAGGACCAUCUAUAAUUAUAUUGCCUUUACCCUGAAAGGCGAAGGGAGUGGUGUUGAUUAGGAGAUUUUGUGUACAAGGUGUGUCAAAGCUCUGAUAUAAUUACCACCGCUACAUUUUCGACACAAUUUUGUAAUGAUUGUGGUGAUGGUCAUAUUGUUUUCAUAUUGCUUUUUGUUUUCAUAAUGAACUCUUUAGACAGGACAACAAUAAUAUUAUCAUAGUCACCCUAGUGACAAUUUUAGUCUAUCCGGGGCUAUCCUUAUAGUGCGUAUGCUUUGAGUGGGGGAGGGGGCUUGUCCAUUAUUAAGAUUUUUCCUAUGCGUGUAGGGGUUUGUCUUGGCAGAAAUUACAUACAUUAUUGAAAAAUUCUACAAUAUUCAUGCUGAAAGUCCAAAAAUAGCAUACUUGUAUAGCGAAUUUAUAUGCUGUAAUUUAUCACGCAAUGUUUUUUUUGAAUUAUUUUCAUAAUGACAUGUAUUUUGACAAAUGAACUUAAUACAUAUACUCAGUACUAAAUAGUAGAGGUAUUACAGUAAUAUUUAGUCCACGGUAUGUCCAACUGCUUGUGACAUAUUUUGUUGGGUAUGCCAGUGGUUCUAAAAUCUUCAUUUCGCGGCAACUGCCAAAUUCACGAAACUACCACGCUGAUGACAACCACAAAUUUGAGAGUUGCUACAUUCAAAUAUCUGGGGGCAACUAUAACCGAGCACAUUGAAAUAAUGUCGGAGGUGAAAAAGGGUAAACAGCACGCAACUGUUCUUAUUUCAGCCUACAAACGCUACUGGGAAGCAAAAACCUCUCAAGGGAAACAAAGAAGACAAUAUACAUCACUAUCAUAAGGCCGGUAGUAAUUUAGGCCAGUGAGACUUGGACCCUUACCAGAAAAGCAGAGAAUCUACUCAACACAUGGGACAGGAAAAUCCUCAGAAGAAUAUACGGCCCAGUGAUAGAAAAUGAUGUCUGGAGAAUCCGUAUAAACCAAGAGCUAUACCAAUAGUACAAAGAUCCACCCAUAGUUGCAACAAUACAAACAAAAGAGCCAGACUGCGCUGGGCAGGACAAAUUGAAAGGAUGCCUGAUUGGAGAGCAGGAAAUGUGAUAUACAGGCAGAAACCUAGGGGCAGACCACUUACCGGUUGCCCAAGGCUGAGAUGGAUCGAGGAUGUAGAGGAGGAUUUACACGAGUUGAGAGUAUGGUCAUGGAGGUGGAAAGCCAUGGAUCGUUCUGAAUGGAAGGAUGUGGUGGAGCAGGCCAGUGCCCUACAUGGGUUGUAGCACCACUGAUGAUGAUGAAAAAUAAAUAUAACUCAAAUGUAGGUCACUAAGCACCAUCUAGUAACUGCAAACAGUAGUUACUUAGCGAGUUACUGUUUGCACCACAACCUCUAGAUCAGUGGUUCUCAACCUUCCUGGUGCCACAACCCCUUAAUGCAGUUCCUCAUGUUGUGGCGACCCCCAAUCUCAAAAUUACUUUCAUUGCUACUUUAUAACUAGAGUAUAUGUAUUUUCCGAUGGUCUUAGGCGACCCUUUUAAAAGGGCCAUUCGACCCCCAAAGGGGUCGCACCCACAAAUUGAGAAGCGCUGCUCUAGAUGUUUGUCGAGUAUGAGAGUUAAAAAGAAGAUAGUGUUUUCUUUCUCUCUGAUAGUGAGCUACGUUAUACAUAGGUAUAUGGAAUUAACAGUCUGUGAAUUUAAUUAUAUACUAAAAUUGCAUUUAUUAUGAAAGGGGACUUGAGUUGAUUCAGUACUAGUAGGACAUAUUGCAACAUGUGAAAGAACUUGAUGAAUUAACCAAUUUGCCUGUCCAAACCUUCGCGAGCCGCACGGCUCUAGAGGAACUGGACCGCAUCCAAAACCGUGCUCUAAGGUUUGUAUGCGGGGCAAUACGGACCACACCCACGGCGGCGGUGGAGAUCAUAGCCAAUGUCGAACCGCUCGAGGUCAGGCGGGAGAAUGCAGUCCUUACGACGGUAGAACGCUACCGCCGCAUGGAAAGAGAAGAACCCUGUUUCCAAUUGGACGAAUGGGUAAAAAAGUCCAGAUUGAAGCGACCAUCCUUCAUGGACACGGUGCACAGUCUCAAAGAAGACGUUAUUUUACCCGGAAACAGGGUGAAAGUGAUCCCCGCGCGGGGGCCUCACAAAAGUCUUCCCCUACCAGACAUUCGACUGGAAAUGAUUGACACUAAAGCCAGCGAAGGCAGUCCUCAAUUAGAACCAUCAGAGGCUGUACGACGCACGAUUGAAGCUUACCCGAACAGCCUGGUUAAAGUCUUCACAGACGGCUCAUGUUUCACGGGGGAGAAGCGUAGCGGCUACGGUGUCCUCAUCCAGUAUCCCGCAGAAAUGGCUCCACCCGAGGAGCUAUCAGGCCCAUGCGGUAGAAAUGCAACGAGCCUCGAUGCGGAAAUUGAGGCGAUACUGGUAGCUCUUAAGAGGUUAAACCAACGGCUAGUUCUUCCCGGACGUUGUGGUCUUCACCGACUCUCAUUCUGCUCUCGAACUCAUGGGGGAGAGAUCGGUGGGCUCUAAAAAGAUCACAGCCAUUCUGGAGACAGUAGGCUCCAUCCAUGCACAUGGCUCUAAGGUAGUCUUACAGUUUAUCACUUCGCGCUCAGAGGCGUCGCUUCCUGACAGGGCAGACUUCUUAGCCAAAGAAGGCGCAGCCCUACCUCAACAGACAAACCCAUGACUCAGCUCGGAGUCACUGCCUGGGUGAAAGACCAUUUCAAGGAGAAAUGGCACAGAAGGUGGGACACGGCCACUACUGGACGACAGCUUUACCAGAAAAUGCAGCGGCCGGGCAAAAGCGACCCAUGGUGGAAACUUAGUCGUGGAGAACAAAGCCUUAUCACACAGAUGAGAACUGGGCACUGCGCGACGUACAGUUAUCUCCACCGACUCGACAACAGAAGGGAACCUUUGUGUCGACAAUGCGGACUCGAAGAGGAGACAGUAGCCCACUUGGUUGUCACGUGUCCGAAUAGUGGGAUGGGGGCCGACGGUAGGAAUCCGGAAGCUUGCCUAAAUGAUCUCCUUUACGGUAGCGCCCAGCAGAUGAGGCGCGCCGUGGAAAUCGUGUCCAGGGUCCUAAGAGAUUGAAUCUCGACCCUUUUGAGUAUUAAACUUUAUUAGUAUAAACAAGAGUUUGAAAAUGUUACAUUGGAUUAAAAUUGGAAAUAAACCUAUUAAAGUUUUGUAAUAUUUCGCGACACCCCUGUGAGCAAGCCGCAGCAACCCUUAUAGAAAAAGGGGAUGUGGGCAAUCGUAAUAAAUGUAUACAUCCGUACCAUUUAGAUGGCCCAUCAUAUUUCUUUACUUCUGUGCUGUAUGACGUAUUUUUGCGACAUAAUUAUUUCUUACGGCUGACCAGUAAAGUAUAGAAACAGAAAACUAGAGAAUGCAUUCUCAACUGUUCCGUGCAACAACAUAGAUUUCGACAUAUUUUAGAAUGCACUAAACAGAUGUACAAUUUAUAAUACCCCCUCUUCCUUUCAGCCAUUUACAGCUUGUGGUAGUUAUCAGGCUGUAAUAUCUACUUUUUGAAGUUAUCUUUUUUUUUAUACCAAAUUAACUCGAUCCCACUAGCCAUGCGAUGCUAAUAGUGCUGUAUAUUGUUUACAAUAUAUAUAUACUGUUAGUUUAUUUAUUUACCAUUAAGAUACUGUAUUGUAAGAUUUUGAAAUAUUGUACUAUUUUAGAAGUAAAAGAUAGACUUUUGUAAUGUUAAAUACCGGUACACAAACAUUUAUGUCAAUCAACACAGUUGGGCUUUAAAUAGAGGAAAAUAAUUCAAAUUUACACAUUAGCACCAUGUCUUUAUUAAUAAAACAAAAACUGCAUUUAAUUUAUAAAUUAUAUUUGUGUUGUUGCAUCAACUACCAUGGCCCAAAUGAGUACAAAAAAAAAAUCUCUCCACCAUUUUAAACACUUGUGUACAACUACCAAAAUUUUAUUUGUUUUUUUACCCCAGGUUGUUAAAAUGCUCCAGCGCAAGGCUGCUGAAAAUCUGGAUGAACCUCUGACUAGUGUUUACUGGGAGUACAUGAGAAGCCUACGAAAUGUUAUUGAUUCAGAAGAAAUUCUUAGUGGUCUUCCACGCUUUCAAGAUGUGGCUUUGGCAAUGCAAAAUUCCAGGUCUGCAAUGGGAGCUGUUGACAACUCACAUCAGGUAAUUCAAACAUUUUCAGGCUUUGUGUAAAAUGAAGAUAUUAUUUUUUAUUAUAAAUAUUACUUAAAAUAAUACUUAAGUAUUGUUUUUUUUUUUAAAAUAAAAGAUUAACUACUGCAACAUUACAGAAGAUUUAAUUUGUAUUCUUUUUAUCGACUAUCUACUACAAAUCAGCCUCAUUGAAUGUGUUCAUUUAAGGAUAUUGUUUUAUUUUGCCAUUUAUAUGAAUAAGUUAUAAGUAAAAUUUUGAUACUUGUUCUUUUUCUUUCGCAGUUCAGAAAUUUGGUUACAGGGACAGCUAAUCAGACAAUUAAAGUCUUUGAAUAUCAUUUUGAUGCUCAGAGUGGAUCUUUAGUUGUUAAUGGAGACCUUUUGGUUCUUAAUUGGAGAAUGAAUGAAUUGUCUUACUGGAAGUGUAAAAAAACAGAAUGCAGGUAAAAGAUAAUGUCACAUCUACUCUCUGAUGUAUAUGUAUAUUAUUAUUAUAUGAGAGGCAUAUGUUAUAACAAAAUCUUUUGUCAUAAACAUUUAAGUGUUAAAGUCAUUAAUCAAUCUCAACUGAUCAAAUGUAUUUUCAUUUUAAAAAGUGUAUCUUGUAUAUGCCAAAAAAAGAUUAAUUUGAUAAAGUUGUCUCUUCAGGUUCAAAUGUACAUUGGAUGAAGAGCUGAACUGUGUCCAUAUCAUGAACCCUCACAACAACCCAUGUCCUUCCAGCACCCAAGUAGAUGGUAAAAGUGCUUCAGUCAAGCGUAAAUAUCCUGACAAGCCUUCUCCCCGAAAACCUAAGUUUCAGCGAAUAGAUGAAAUGAAAUUUAAGAGUAGUAAUUAAAUGUAUAAAUCAUAAUUUUUUAUGAACAAAUGCAUUUAAAAAAAAUAAUUUACUGCUGUUUAAGGAUCUGAUAAUUAUUUUAAAACAGAUUUAUGAACAAGCAAGAUUGAUUGAUCGGUUUUAUAUAAUAGAGUAAAAAAUAUAAUUUUUUGUUUUCAUUAAAAAAAACUUGAAAACACCAAUCCAUUUUGAUUUAAAAAAAAAAAAAAAAUUAGGUGGCACUGAUCAAAACAACUUUUUAAUUUUAAUAUACCCAGUACUGUAUAUUACAGUUACGGCGUUUUUUUUACGGCGUAUGUGAGAACUUUUGGGGAAUAAAUGCUACUUAAAAGUAGAGGUUUACAUUAUAUGCAUGUAUUUGAAUUUUUUUCUUAGAAGUAAACGAUAUACCAUAGUCUACUUAAUUUUAAUACUUGACUCGCUUGCAUUCAGCGACUGAGUAAUUUGAGUAGCAUCCCUUUUAAAGUAAUAUUAGCAUAGUUGUAUUAUGUCCGCUGUUCAUUUUAAACUUAAUAAAUUAAAUAACUUUGACAUUUUUAUUAAAAAUAAAUAUCUAUUUCCCUAAUUCGUAUUGUAUUAUUAUGGACAAGAUAAGAUUGCAUUAUAUGUGGACAUGGCAUUUUAGUGCUUUUUUCAAACAAAAGGUUAGAGUUUGCAUCAUAAAUGGAUUGCAUUGUACAUUGUACAUAGUAAUAUACAGUGAGUUAGAGGUACUAAGAACAUGAAUGUGAUAACUUUAAAGAAUUGAAGCACAUUUCUUAUAUUUCAAUUUUUAAUUACUGUAUGUAACAUUGUAACAUGCUCGUACAUUUGAAACUCAGCUUUGAUGCAUUAGUAUAAACAUUUACAAAAUGAGUAAAUCCAUUAUCACUAGCUUUUAAGAAGUGCAAUUAUACACUAUAUAUGGCACCUUCUUCAAAUUCACCAACUGAAGAUACUGACAGAAUCUUAGGGGUUGUUUGCAAGUUACAUCAAGCUGGGGGGGGGGGUGGAUUUGUAUUAUAGGUACUAGGUAUUAUAGGUACCAUGAAAAUCAGUCGUGCAGACCUUCUGCGCAUAUAGUAAAAUGACGCAAAAACUGAUUUGGCCAUUUUACAUUCAGCUUAUGGAUGACUUUGCAUAAGUUUUCUAAUAAUAAUACAUCUAAAUCCAAUAUGGGAAAAUGUUAAAGAAUAAAAUAAAAUCUUAGUUUAGUUAGAAAAUUCUAUGUAUGUUUGAUUUUUUUUUAGUUGUGACAUGACACUGGGGAAAAGGGCGUGGGGUGUUCCUAUAUAGGUCAUUUUUUUGGGUGACAUAAUUUGCAAACGACCCCUUAAUUUUCAUUAGGUUGUUAGUUAUUUUUUGAGUUGGUUUAUGGUAACUUAACUUUGAAUGAUUUUGGCUCCCAGUAUGAUCUUAAUUGUCACUUGGGUUUAUGAAAAUAUAUGCUCAGAUUUUGGCAGUUUUAAAAUUAUAAUGGUACAGGAUGAUAGAUAAAGUAAUCUACCAAUCGUCGCUAUCUAUGAAUCUUAAGCUAAUUUAGCAUUUAUCUUAAUAUAAAAAAAGAAUUGAUUUAUUUUCGUAACUAUUUCUAUUUAUGUAUCAGAUGAACAUUAUUUUUAUGUGCAGGGCUACCCCUUUUACCAAAAAAAACCCCUAAAAAACCUGGUGGUCCAUAAUAUUAUCUUCAACUUCAAUACAUUCAUUUGCUUAUUUUUUAUAUUAAUGCCUAUGGCAUUUUAUGCUUAGUAUUAGUAUUCAGUGACCAACUCAAACUCAAAUGUUUACAGAAUUAAAUUUAUUAGUGUAUUCCACCAUAAAAUUAUGAUUUUAAUGGUGAAAUACAUAUAGAUGUCUGACCAUGUUUUAUGCCUUACUGGUACUAUGGUAAUGGCACAGAAUCACGGUAUGCCUGAACCAAGACAAUUUAAUAAAAAAAUAUUUAAAAUUUUACAGCUCACCUGAAUUAACAUUUUAAGUUUAAAAUGCAUAGCAUUUAGAACUAAAACAUUUUUUUUUCUUUAAAAGUAUUAGCACCUUUCUAGUGUAUUUUCCCCCCAAAUCUACCUCAAGCUAUAAUUUGUGGGGCCAUUUUCUUUACUUAUUUAUUUUGGCUGUGGCAUAAUUUGUUAUAAAUACUAAUAUUUUGUAACUUACACAUAUUUUUUAAAUCCAAAAACGGUGGCAGGGAGAUGGGGAGAGUAAAGGGGAAGACAUCAGUUUUGAUUGAAAAAAAUGUAUAUUUUAUGUGCAUAUAUGUAUAUUUAAAUGAGUGCAAAC